CAAAAUUUGCAAACCAAGCGCCAGUGUAAACAAAGGGGAUACAUGCGUGUGGAAUCACUGCAUAAACUGAAGAUUGGAUCAAAUAUAUAUAUAACAGAACUGGAGCUUCCUUUUUUUAGGCUAAACGCUACGUAAUUAACAAAAAUGCGCUACGAAUCGACCAUGUCAUAUGAACUGUUAUUUCUUCCUACAUCUAGUCCGUCUCCUCCUCUCCUGCCCUCCUCUCUCGCCCCUCCCUGCUCCCUGUAUAAGGGAGCAAACUGCCGGCGCGCCGCUGUCCCGCCUCCAGCUCCUCCUGUCCCGUCCGUGAAGCUGCAGCAGCGCACUUCUCCCUCCUCCUCCGACCUGCUGGGAGCGCCUGUUACUCCACGAUGUGAAAAAACUGAACCAGCCGGAUAAAAGUUAUUUUCAUGGAAAGAAAGGCUCCAAGUGCAGGACCAUGGGGUAUGGGCAAAUCCUCCACCGGCGGGGGAAUGAGGAGGACCAGGUCCACCUCAACGUGGGAGGUGUGCGGCAUGAGGUGGAUCCGGACACGCUCCUCCGCUUCCCUCACACGCGCCUGGCCCGUCUGCUGCACUGCCAGAGCGAGGCGGCGAUCCUGGAGCUGUGCGACGACUACAGCCCGACCGAGAAGGAGUACUACUUCGACAGGAACCCCCGGGUUUUCCUCUGUGUGCUCAACUUCUACCACACGGGGCGUAUCCACAUGAUGGAGGAGCUGUGCGUCUUCUCCUUCAGCCAGGAGAUCGAGUACUGGGGCAUCCAGGAGCUCUACCUGAGCCCCUGCUGUAACAACUGGUACCACGAGAGGAAGGACUACAUCGAGGACAGAGACUGGGACGUCAGGAGCGACGACCAGCAGCAGCCGAGCCUCGACUCUUCCUUCGAGGAGCUCUCCGCUCUCGAUAAGGACCUCGCCAAAUUUAAAGGCGCCUGGUGUGCAGAGGUGAGGAGCUACGUUUGGCUCCGGCUGGAGGACCCUGGUCACUCCAGAGGCUCAAAGAUCAUCGCCGUGGCCUCCCUCGGCCUGGUGUUGACCUCUAUCGUUGCCAUGUGCGUCCACAGCAUGCCCGAAUUUCAGCAGGUGGACGAGAACGACAGACCCAUGGAGGACCCUGUCCUCACCAUCCUGGAGGAGGUCUGCAUCGCUUGCUUCUCCGCCGAGUUCAUCAUCAGGCUGAUUGUUUCGCCCUCUCGCAGGAAGUUCCUCGGAAACCCCUUGAACAUCAUCGACGUCGCCUCGAUUUUGCCAUAUUACGCCACUCUGGCUCUGGAAACAGCCGACGAGGUGAGCGCAGAGGAGAGCGAGGACUUAGAGAACGUAGGGAAGGUGGUGCAGGUUCUGCGCCUGAUGAGGGUUCUCCGAAUCCUCAAACUUGCACGCCACUCCAUCGGGCUGCGGGCGCUGGGUGCCACCGUCCGCCACAGCUACCAGGAGGUGGGCCUGCUCCUUCUGUUCCUCUCCGUGGGGAUAUCCAUCUUUUCCGCCCUCAUCUACUUCGCAGAGAAGGAGGAGGAUGACACCGUUUUGGGGACCAUCCCAUGGGGGUGGUGGUGGGCAACGAUCACCAUGACCACCGUCGGUUACGGCGACACCUACCCUGUGACUCUGGCGGGGAAGAUAGUGGCCACCUUGUGCAUCAUCUGUGGACUGUUAGUGGUGGCUCUGCCCAUCACCAUCAUCUUCAAUAAGUUUUCAAAGUACUAUCAGAGAAACAAAGCCAUGGAGGGACAGAAUAUCACAAAACCCGAGAGACAAGACCCUGAACUCCCUUAUUAUAACAUCAGAGACCUGUUCACAGAGAGCGUUUACCCCUUUAUAGGAGCUUUCGCCUUCAGGAACAGUGAGAGCAGCGCAGGGGACGACACAGACGCCUCCAGUCUCCAGGACAUAGAGGUGUAUGAUAAUGACACUUGUGAAAAUGGGGCAGCAAAAUGAGAUUUCCUGCCAUUUCGCCGAGCGUCGCUCCCCUAUGCGACUGAAAUUUACUCCGUGCCUCUCAGGGCAGAGCGCUCCAUCGCUGACCGUGCCUCCCUGCACCGUCUUCCGCCUGCAAUUUGACAGAGAAAUAUCGUGGCCAUGAACUCUCUUUCUUUUUUUUCUUCUUUUUUAUUUAACAAGGGAACAGCCUGUUAAAUAUACAGCGUUGCUAAAAACCAGGAAAUCUAAGGAGAAAUUAUCCAAACCUUUGCUCGGAGGUUUGCAAGCCCAUUUUCUGCUUGAGAAAACUGCAAUGAUGCAUGUAGGAGGCCAUAAUGUUAAUGUUUUUUCAAAGUAAUGCCCUGUAUUGAUUCGUCUGCUCGCUGAAAGUCCAGAUGGAUGGAGAAGUCUAGAAUGUCAACAACAAUAUUUGAUGUUUAGAAAUGGUAUUAUAGAUCUAUAAAUCGACUGAUGUUACACAGUCUGCAUGAACAACAAUGGAUGCAUCUUGAGAGAGAGAGAGUGAUGUAAAUAGUUGUGUGGAAAUUAUGCAAUAUUAUCGAUGCUGAUGAAGAGAGGCUGCACAACUCUCUCACGGCACUGUGGGAAAGCACUGAUAUGCCAGAUUACUGUGAUUACAUUUUUUUCUUGUUUUGGCAUGCUGGGUGACUCCUGGUGGGUAACUCAUGUUGACAUGAAAUAAAACUCAGUGAACCAGAA